AUGGCAACCUGCCCCACUGCAAAUACACAGCAACCAGGCAGGGAGGACGGCGGAUGCUGCAGCAGCCACAUCCGCAGGGGCACAGAGGAGGCGGCAGAGAGGGCGGACGGGAGGAUGAAGCUGACUUUAACAGACGAUACUGAAGAUGUCUCGCUUGACUUUGGCAAUGAGGAAGAGUUGGCAUUAAGGAAAGCAAAAAUCAGGCACCCGCUGGCCACCUUCUUCCACCUCUUCUUCCGGGUGAGCGCCAUCAUGACCUACUUGUUCUGCGAUUGGUUCAGCAAGAGCUUCGUUGCCUGCUUCGUGGUCAUUCUCCUCCUCCUGUCCUUCGAUUUUUGGUCUGUGAAGAACGUCACCGGAAGACUGCUGGUUGGCCUGCGAUGGUGGAACCAGAUUGACGAAGACGGGAAAAGCCACUGGGUGUACGAAGCCAAGAAGGUCCCUUCCAGCGUCGCAGCCCCCACGGAAGCCGAGGCCCGGAUCUUCUGGCUGGGACUGAUCAUCUGCCCCAUCAUCUGGACCCUUUUCUUUUUCAGCACCCUGUUCUCCUUGAAGCUCAAGUGGCUGGCGCUCGUGAUAGCCGGCAUCUCCCUCCAGGCUGCUAACCUGUAUGGCUACGUCCACUGCAAGCUAGGAGGGUUGAAAAACCUCCACAAAAUCACCGCGAGGUUCCCAGCUCAACAAAUGUUCCCAAGGUCACAGGCUGAAAACAUCAUGCGCACGCACGCUCCCAACUCUGUGCCGGCAGGAAUCCGUUCUGGCUUCUUCCUCUUCUGGAGCACCCGACUCGUGGGAAUCCCCUCCAACCGGCUCAUCCCUCGCAUAAAGACGGAUGUUUUUGAUUGA